AUGGCUCCGGUGGUGUCAGGUGGCAGAGCAGCAGCCACAAUGCCACUUAAUGCCAAUGCUCUUCCUCUAAGUCUCAACACCAAAACAAGACUCCCAACUGCAUCCACAUUUCCGUUAUUCUCUUCCAGGUCCCUCUCCAUCGGCUUCAAGCUCUCGCCGCCUGUUUCCCGGUCUCUCAUUGUGCUAUCUUCUGUUUUGUCUGAGGACAGAUCUACUGGGGUUAGUGGCUCUGGGACUGAUGCGUUCAAGCUGACAUACUUGGAGGGAAAUAGCUGGCUAUGGGAAACCGGUGGAUUAAAUAUCCUUGUUGAUCCCAUUCUCGUUGGUAAUUUGGAUUUCGGAAUCCCAUGGCUCUAUGAUGCUGCCAAGAGAUUUUUGAAAGGCUUCAAGCUUGAUGAUCUCCCUGAAGUUGAUUGCCUCCUCAUAACCCAAAGCCUUGAUGAUCACUGUCAUCUAAAGACCCUUAGGCCAAUCUCUGAGAAAUCUCCAGGCAUAAAGGUUAUUGCAACUCCAAAUGCAAAGCCUUUGCUGGAUCCUCUUUUUACAAAUAUCACUUAUCUUGAACCUGGAGAUAGCUACGAGCUUAACGCAAGAAACGGUUCCAAGGUUCGAGUUAAAGCCACAGCAGGUCCUGUCCUCGGUCCACCAUGGCAACGCCCUGAAAACGGGUAUCUUCUUGUAUCAGCUGAAGAUGAGAUAUCUCUCUACUACGAACCGCAUUGUGUAUACAACAUGGAAUCUCUAAAGAAUGAAAGAGCCGACAUUGUAAUCACACCGGUCAUCAAACAACUUCUCCCAAGAUUUACUCUGGUUUCUGGCCAAGAAGACGCUGUCCAGCUCGCCAAACUACUGAAAGCCAAGUUUGUUGUGCCGAUGCAAAAUGGUGAUCUUGAUGCAAAGGGAAUUUUAGCAAGCAUAGUCAAGAAACAAGGAACUAUUGAAUCAUUUAAGGAGUUAUUGUCAAGAGAGCUUCCAAAAGCUCAAGUGUUGGAACCCAUCGCAGGCGUGCCGCUAGAGAUCUUAGCUCCAUCUUCAGAUAUCAUUUAG